ACGGCGAAGUAGAAAGGUGACGUAUUUCCGCCUUUAGCCCAGCCGCCGCCGCGGGGUGAUGUUGGUGUUCUUGGAGACUAAAAGAACCAAACUUUAAUUUACACCAUUGAAGACAGGGACGGUUGAGGCGUGUGAAACUACCCGGGAGCACAGAGAUUGUAAAGUGACCCGUUACACAUUGUUCACGUAAGAGAAAAGCUAAUUAGUUGAGGUGCCUCCGAAGAUAACGUUACAGCUAUGGCCAAGGUACAAGUGUUAAAUGUAGCUGUACUGGACAACCCGAGCCCGUUUGGAAAUCCGUUUCAGUUUGAAAUAACGUUUGAAUGCAUGGAGGAUUUGCCAGAAGACCUGGAGUGGAAAAUCAUCUAUGUGGGCUCAGCGGAGAGCGAGGAAUACGACCAGGUCCUGGACUCUGUCCUAGUUGGCCCUGUACCGGCUGGCAGACACAUGUUUGUGUUCCAGGCUGAUGCUCCUAACACAGGGCUGAUUCCAGAGAGUGACGCUGUAGGAGUGACAGUAGUCCUCAUAACCUGCACCUACCGCGGACAGGAGUUCAUCCGCAUUGGUUACUAUGUAAACAAUGAAUAUACAGACCCUGAACUACGUGAAAACCCACCUCUCAAACCAGACUAUACUCAGCUCCAGAGGAAUAUUUUAGCCUCCAACCCCCGUGUCACCCGCUUUCAUAUCAACUGGGAGGGCUUGGCAGACAAGAUGGAGGACAGCGAGAACGUUGACCCGUCCCCCAACAUCAGCGGCAUGCUCCCUCCGUCCUGUAUACCAGGAAAGAUGCCACCUCUUGGACUGAUGCCAGACAACUCCAUGGACUGCAUGUAAGAAUCAUCAGAUUAACAUAAUGGACAUGAAGCCCUUAUCUGUACACUCACCCACAUCGCAAAUACAUUUGGACAAGGAGGCCAUGGGUGUAUCUACCUAACGUGUGGACAUUAACAGGAAGCAUGGACAUGGCAGCAGGGACAGUCCUUUUUAUACUGCAUACACAAAUGGGAUGGAUCUGGAAUAUUUACCAAGUGUUUUUCCCUCUUGUGCUUGCUCUGUAAUUUACAGCACACACACACACAGAUCUAUACAGCCAGCAUUGCCUUAUUUUACUAUAUCUCCGUUUUAGAUUAUGUUAAAACUCAGCCAGGGAAAUUUUGAGUCAUCAGGGUGGGGCAGUCCUAAGACAGGCCUGGCGUGUCCUCACAGCCCUGAAACUUGCAAGUCAUACUCAUACGCUGAUGUUGACCUGUUUGGUACCCUUACUGUGCUGUUCAUUAUGUCCUCUUGAGCACUGAUCAAAGCUAUUGGCAGUGCUCUGUAUAUCAGAAUAGGUGUAGCUCUAGCUGCUUAUAGUAAAGUGUUGGUGUUCUGAAGGUUUGUGUCAACUGACGUAAAUUAGUAGCAUCUCAAGUACAAGCAAGUGGAAGCAAAUCUUGGGUUUAGAAUAUGGGCCAUGUUCAAGGUUGUGUUGCAAGAGGCAGCUUUACUUACAGUUAGCUGGAUAGCAAAUGCAGAGUUAAACCUUGUUCUUGCAGUUUUUACCUUUGGGUUGUCAGGAUAAGUCAGUAAACCUGGUGCUUUGAACAGGCCCCAGUUCAGAAUAAGUUCUCUAAAAAUGUUACAUAAGAUGUCUGUGCACAAAACAUGGAGGUAAAGGAGGUAAAGGAGAUAAAGGAGAUGUGGAUGCCAUAUUGCAGUCAAGUUGUUUUCCUAUUUUAGGCUUACUGUAAAUAAUGUCUACCAAGUGCUUGUAUUGUCUUCAGGAUGAGAAGACCUAAUUUCUUUUUGUACUUACUAUAUAUUCUCUGCCUCAGUAUUUGUAACAACAGUUAAUAAAGUUUGUUUUGUGAACCUUU